AAAUAUGGUCUUCCUCACUUGCAUAUUCUUUUAAUUUUAGAUCUCAAUAGUAAACCAAAAACUGUUGAUGAUUAUGAUGCCAUUGUAUUAGCAAAAAUCCCUAAUAAAGACCUUCAUCCUAAAGCCUUUAAUACUAUUCAUCAAACUAUAAUGCAUGAUUCUUGUGGUUCAGCUUAUCCAAAUGCUCUUUGUGCAAUUUCUUUUAACCAUCUCAAAACUGUCAAUAAUAUUGAAUAUUCUACUUUUAAAGAUAUAUAUGAAGUUUUAAGUAUGCUUCAGAAUGAUAAUAAAUUGGACAAAUGUUUAAAUGAAGUAUAA